UUAAUUUCGGCGAUGAUGGCCGUCGCCGCGGUGCGGAGCGCGUUAGCAGGACACGCUCAUAGUUUCGCGCACUAUCACGGUCCGGUGGAGGGACCGGCGCAAGAAGUCUCUUUUCAUGGUAAACACGGAUAUCAUCACAUUGGAUACGUGGCUUAUCCGAAGUACGAAUUUUCGUACGGCGUCGACGACCACCACACCGGCGACCAUCAUAGCCAGAAAGAGCACAGAGAUGGCAAAAACGUGGUUGGCGAAUACACCGUUAAGGAACCGGGCGGUAACGUAAGGACCGUGAAAUAUCACGCGGACCCGCACGGAGGGUUCUUCGCGUACGUGCACAAUUCCGACGGCAACAACCACGAGGGUGGUACUUACGGAGAAGGACACUAUUGAUUCGUAUGCAUCCGGACGUAGCAUCGACGUACCGCAAGGAAAAUUCGGAACGCGUUUACCCGGAUUAGAACGAGAGCUCGUUACUCGGGAAUUAGUCCCGCGUUUCAAUUAGCCGUGUGUCCAUUUGCAAAACGACGCGCGGUUCAACCAAAGAAAAUUGGCACCGAACAGCGACCACGCUCAAUGGUUCCCGUUCCCCCGCUA